AUGGGGGUCCGGGCUCAGCCGGGGGGGCCCCGGCCCUGCUUGGGAGGUCCCGAGCUGCCCCGGGAGGGCUCCGGCCGGGGCGUGCGGAACGUUCCCCUGACGAGGGGAGCCCGCCCCGGAGUGCCCCGGCGGUGGGACGGUCACUUGGGGAAGGAGGAGCCCAUGGCGGAGGGGGAGCGCGUGCGGCGCCUGGUGCGCGUGGGCAGCAGCGUGCAGGUCAGCGAGGACGUGCCCCCGCGCCGCUACUUCCGCUCGGGCGUGGAGAUGCUGCGCAUGGCCACCGUGUACUGCCAGGAGGGCAACCUGGAGCACGCCUUCAUCCUCUACCACAAGUACAUCACGCUCUUCAUCGAGAAGCUGCCGCAGCACCGCGACUACAAAAGCGCCGCCGUCCCCGAGAAGAGGGAGACGGUCAGAAAGCUGAAGGAAGUAGCCUUUCCCCGAGCCGAAGAGCUCAAGGAGGAGCUGCUAAAGAGGUACGCCAAGGACUAUGCUAAGUACAAGGAGCAGGAGCAGCAGCUGGAGGAGGAGAGGACUCGGGUGGCCCUGCUGAAGCAGCAGCAGGCAGAGCAGGAGCAGUUCCAGGCCUUCGAGGAGAUGAUCCGGCAGCAGGAGCUGGAGAAGGAGCGCCUGAGGAUCGUGCAGGAGUUUGGGAAACCAGAGCCAGAGCCUGCGGAUGGUCCCCUCAUCCCUGGCGUGGAAAAGCCCCCAACAGAUUUAAUGCCAAAGCCUGCAGGCUCUGCAGUUCCCCCAGCAAGCCCAGCAGUGGGGACUGUGCCCUCCAAGCCUCCUGCUGUGGACAGAUCCUUGAAGCCCAGCGCUCUGGGGAGCACGGAGAACAGUGCAGGGCUGGAUGUCCUCCGCCAGGUCAUUGUCCCCAGGGAGCUGUGCCACAAGUUCCUGCAGCUGGCCGACGCCAACACGGCGCGGGGCGUGGAGACCUGCGGCAUCCUCUGCGGGAAGCUGAUGAGGAACGAGUUCACCAUCACGCACGUCAUCGUGCCCAAGCAGCUGGGGGGCCCCGACUCCUGCACCACGGAGAGCGAGGAGGAGCUCUUCCUCAUCCAGGACCAGCACGGCCUCGUCACCCUGGGCUGGAUCCACACCCACCCCACGCAGACUGCCUUCCUGUCCAGCGUGGACCUGCACACCCACUGCUCCUACCAGACCAUGCUGCCCGAGUCCAUCGCCAUCGUCUGCUCGCCCAAGUACCAGGAGACCGGCUUCUUCAGGCUGACGGAGCACGGCCUGGAGCAGAUCUCGUCCUGCCGGCAGAAGGGCUUCCACCCCCACCCCAGGGAGCCCCCUCUGUUCACGACCUGCAGCCACGUGUCCGUGCUGGAGAGGGACGUGGUGCUGCUGGAUCUCCGA